CGAAUUGUUUUGUUAUUGGCCACGGCCAUCGCGGCAGAGGCCUUUCUUGUUUACCUUUGCACCACAAUUAGUUAAGAAGCAGAGCACGCAACACGAACCCGGGUCCGGGGCAGGAUACGGUGGAGAAAGCCAAGUCCCCAAAAAGGGAAAGAGAAGCAGUGCUAAAAAUAACAAACAAUUCGAGACGUAAACAAAGACCAAAGGAGUAAACAAUUCAGGAUACCAACCAAAAAGGACGCACUCUUCUUGUGGUUACUCCAGCUUCUGUUCAUCUAAUUCCAGUUCUGGCCAUACCGGUCGCGAAAAUAUAGAUUAUGAGCGCUGAACUAUCCGGUUUCCGGCGCUUCUUGCACUGGGGCCCCAUAACAGCGUUGAGCAUUAUCAAAUGCAUAACGCUGACAACGCUCUACAUGAACUCGAUGUGGUGGCCACCGAAUGAAUCAUUUGCCGCCUUCGCCCACCAGGCCCUCUUCCUGCUUCUCUCCACUUUGGCCACUUUCAAUUACGUCAUGGCCACGCUGACAGGUCCCGGCCUGAUGCCCAAACAGUGGCAACCGAAGGAUCCCAAGGACACGCAGUUCCUGCAAUACUGCAAGAAGUGCGAAGGCUACAAGGCACCACGCUCCCAUCACUGUCGCAAGUGCGACCGCUGCGUUAAAAAGAUGGAUCACCACUGCCCCUGGAUCAAUCACUGCGUUGGCUGGGCCAAUCAUGCCUACUUCACUUUCUUCCUGUUGUUCUCCAUCCUGGGCAGCUUGCACGGCACCGUGGUGUUGUGCUGCUCCUUCUGGCGCGGUAUAUACCGAUACUACUAUCUGACUCACGGCCUAGCCCAUCUGGCGAGUGUCCAGUUCACGCUGACGAGCAUUAUCAUGUGCAUUCUGGGAAUGGGCUUGUCCAUCGGAGUUGUGAUCGGACUGAGCAUGUUGCUCUACAUCCAGAUGAAGACGAUUGUCACCAACCAGACGGGCAUCGAAAUCUGGAUAGUAGAGAAGGCCAUCUACAGGAGGUACAGGAAUCCCGACAGCGACGACGAUUUCCUGUAUCCAUAUAACCUGGGAUGGCGCGACAACUUGAGGCAGGUGUUCAAUGACGAGUGCCAAAAGCGUGGAGAAGGCAUCGAGUGGCCUGUGGCUGAAGGUUGUGACCAGUAUACUUUGACGCGCGAGCAACUCGCCCAAAAGGAGGAGAAACGGGCACGCACCCGCACCUACAAGUGCAUCAGGCCAGUCACGGGUCGGUGGCUGCCGCUCUUUUCUCAGGGCUGGCGUGUGUGCGUGGGAGCUCCGUGCUCUGAUGAACCGCGCAUCCAUCUGCGACCCGACGACAUCAUUAGGGUCACUCGAUUCCGAUCGCACUGGCUGUUUGGAGAGCGGGUACCCUCCGAGCAGGAAAUACGCGGAGAGAAGAAGCACCAGCGCAAGGGUCACAUCCGGGGAUGGUUUCCUCGGCAAGCCGCUGUCGAGCUCAUUGAACCGGAGCAAGACUCCAGUGGAGAUGGCAGCCACGACGAGAAUCCCCCAGCUCAGAAUAUCAACGGUUAUCACAGACAUUUGAAGCAGCAGCAGCGCAAUGGACACGCCAAGAAGUACAUGUAGCUCUGUUGGGGACCGAAGCAAUACAUGGCUUGUAAAUAGAUUUAGAAAUCGCUUGAAGACUCGCCUCAAUCUCGCUUAUCCGGGCCGUCGUCUCGUUUACUCUGUUAACACUGUCGACCAAUAAAAACAAAACCGAA